AGUAUCCUUAGAAGCAGUACAGUAUAUAGAGAUGAAUAUACAAGUAUAUCUACUCCUGGUGUUCAUUGCUCUAACGGCAACUUUAGUGUUGUCUGACAGUAGCGGAAGCAGUAGCAGGAGUAAAAAAAUUCGUGAGAAUAGGAAAUGUGGGGAAAUAAAGUAUGACUUCUUCAAACCAAAGAAAGGGGAAUGUGAGGAAGGAACAGAAUGCAAGUGUGAUGAGCAAAAAUCCAAAAAGAUCAAGUGUUACUGCAGAGCAGUGCCUGAAACAACAACCUCUGAUGCAGCAACAACAACCUCUGAUCUAGCAAUAACAACCUCUGA